AUGAUUAUCUUUAUAUAUGGAUAUGAUGAUCCAUUCUAUAUGGAUACUGAAUAUCCAACAUCACUAUCCCCUCCACCACCACCAUCAUCAUCAUCAUCAUCGUUAUCGUCAUUACUGAAAUCAAAGAAGACUAAUUCUAUUUUUCAAAAUUUACAUACAUUCUAUUGGAUAAAUGGAAUUGAUUCAAGGAAUCCUUAUAGAGGAUAUUAUGAAUCUUAUAUGAAUAAACGGAAAUAUUCACAUCAUCAUGAUCAUCACCAUCGUCGUCGUCGUCGUCGUCGUCAUCGACGUCAUCAUCAAAAUCGUCCAUUUUUAUCAUUACAAACUGAUUUAUUUAAAUUACUUAAAGGUAAACGUAAAAUAAAUAAUGAUCAUGAUAUUGUCAUUGAUCGAUUAUUAAAUAAUGAAAUAUUUAAAUUAAGAGGUUGGAGACCACAACGUUAUGGAUAA